CCAAUAUCUCCUCAUGCCUCCGACCCUGGCUGUGCCCUGAGGCAGCCCAAGGGGGAAUGGGGUGAACUAGGAACAAAGGCCGAGAACGUUGCAGAAGAACGUCCCGACGGGGGCAGAUGGACGAGGCUGUGGCAUAAUCUCUCAAGGGGAAUGGAAGGAGCCCCAGUGUCGGGGAUGCUUCAAACUAGAGGGGACUCUGGAAAGCAUACGCAGCGGCCACGAGUGCAGGACGAUGUCGGCCCAUCUGCAGUGGAUGAUUGUUCGCAACAGCUCCAGCUUCCUCCUCAAGCAGAACAAACCAACCUACAGCACCGAGCCGAACAACCUGAAGGCCAGGAACUCCUUCCACUACAACGGGCUGAUCCAUCGCAAGACGGUCGGCGUGAAGCUCAUGGCAGACGGGAAGGGGAUCGUGGUGGUGCUGAAGAAACGGACAGUCCAUCGCAAGCCAGCCAAGUCCUAUGAGAAGACGGCCAUUAACAAGAACGCCCAGGCUAUGCUCAACAGCCUGCGUCACAUCAUCCACAAGAACAACUUCCGCAAGGAUCUGUGCAUGAGCGCUCUGCACUGUGCCAGUGCCAUCCUGCAGAGCCAGAAGCCGGUGGUGGUGAAGAAGAAGAGAACCUGGGCUACCAAGACAGCGUGAAUGGCUAGCAUGUCCCAAUAAAGGGUU